UGGGUCCUCUAGUGCCCCAGACUUUGAGAGCUCCACCUAUGGAACAGUUCUGUACAUUCUGGAGGGAGACUUCUAUCUGCCGGAUCCACAUCUGCACUCCAACGAGUCUGAUGAGACUGAUCACCUGGCAAAGGCCUGUGUGAUGUUUGGAGAAAUUGCUGGGCCCUUGCUGUUUAAACCUCAACACAUGAAAAACCUGGUCAACUGCCUGGCUGCCAUUGUGCCAGCUUCAAACAUGCCAAACUCUAAUCUGGAAGGUAUCAUGGAGAGGUUUGCUUCUGGCAUCACUGUAGAAGAUACAUCCAGUGCUAUCAGAAGGGGAAACAUUGAGUACUAUGCCCAAGAAGUUGAGCUGAAUGCCAAGUUUAAAUUAUACGUCAAGAAUUGUUCUGCAGUGUUUGCAGGACACAACACAGUAGCUGCCCAGUUGAAAAUCAAGUCAAAGAGACCCUACACAAUCAUUGGUGGAGAUGAAGAGCUGCCGCUGGGAGAGGAGUUUCAGACCUUGGUGCGAUGUUUUAUUGACACUCGUGAGAAAAAACCCGAGAGGCGAUUCCUUCCUGCAGCCAAGCUUAUUGACCAGCUGUUAAUCUCCCUGGAGUGCAAGCGGCUGACAGAAGCUGCACGCCUGGAGAUGGAUGAACUCAACAUCAAGUGCUUCCAGGUUCUCCGAGCCAUCAUCCACAACGAGGAGCGGAGACUACCAGAAGGAUGGGAAACCAGGACAUCUGAGCAUGAGAUAGAAAAAGGGCUGAAGUUUGUGGCCUCCAUUCAGAAUAUGUAUGACCAGAAGGGGGCCAUCCGAAAGGCCCUGCCACACCUGGCCACCAGGAAUGAUCUCAUUGCCAAGGAGGUGCUGGGGUUUCUGUGCAUAAUGUUAUUCAAUGCCAACAACACAGUUCAGCAAUCCAUGCUGACCUACUUUUUCUCUACACGUGAGGAAGUGUUCUUUAUGGCUGUCAGAGAUCGAAUGGCUCUGUCCACAAACUCCAUCAAGGAAAAACGGUCUCUACAAACCCAGCAUGAAGCCAAGCUCAAGGAAUCUUCUGACAGUAAAAGAACAAAGAGUAUGUUCAUGGUGACACUGAUGGCUCUCAGGCAAAUUCAAGCUUAUGAGGAUGCAAUGAGACAGCAGAGACUGAGCGGCUGGGAGUCAGAAUCAGUGACCACUGAUACAUCAGCUUUUGAAUAUCGUAAUGAUGGCUACAUUGAACUGGUGCUCAAGGUCAUGGCCAGGAUGUGUGAUGGACAAAACAAACACUUACAGUUCACUGCUGUAAUUGAAACCCUGUUUUCAUGCUGUGCCAUUGUAAUUGAAACCAUGAAUGAGUUCACUGCUGGUAACCAAGACAACCGAGUGGUCAUCUAUGACAACAAAAUCAUUGACUACAUCAACUUCAUCCUGAGAUCUGGAGAGUUUGGGGACUGCUCCACGGAGAAGACUCUAGAGCUGAGAAAGAGCAUCUCCAACCUGGUCAUGAGUUUGAUAGAAGAGAAUGGUCCUGGUGCCACUGAGGUGGCCCUGACACUUUGGACAAAAAAGGCGGUGUUAGCAUUGAUGGCAAACUGCUAUGAGCGCCACCAGACGGACAAAACCAAGGUGAUGGAACUGAAAGCUCUGGAGGAGGCCAUGGCUGAUCCAAUGGGCUCUCAGGGAAAGCUGGCUUCAACCAGGAGUUUGAACAAAGGCAAGAAACUCUUCAAGGGUGUCAUGAAAAAACAGAAGGAAGAAUUUGCUGAGGACUACAUGGAUGUGGGGUUUGGGCUGUACCUGAUCCUGGCCAGGAUGUGUGAUAUUGACCCCAAGCUUCUCGAGUACUUGAGAAUGACCCCGUUACAAGCCAAAGCCUUCAGCUUCUACAAGAAGAACUGCAUGUCUAUAGAGAUUGUCAAGGAUGACUACCUGCAGAAGAUUAACUUCCGGGUCAAGAACAGGCGUGUUCUGCGUGAAGAGGUCAAAGAAAAACUCAAGUGGGGUGUUGAUCGGUCGUCUCCUAGCAACAAGAUCCGAGACCUGAUGGGCUGGACCAAGGACAUUAUGAAGGAUAUUGCCUACCAGCAGAAGAUCAUCAAGAAUCCACUGACCAUCAUGCUGACCAAAGGCUGGCUGGUGUGGAACCAUCUGAUCACAGUUCUUAGUUUUGCCAUCAACAUCCUGAUGCUGGUGACAUGGAAGGCCAAGGCGUCCCUGGAAACUCCUGGAAUUUUGAGGAAUACAACUGGCAUCCCACCCCUUCUCCGAGACCCUGUGCCAGACAUCACCACCCUGACCUUGAGUGAGUACUACAUCUCCAUCCUGGUGAUGGGCGGCACACACAACUUCCUCUCCCUCCUGGUGUUCAUCAGCUACUUUGUUUGCAACCAUCCCCGCCUGCCCAGCUUUCGCAGUGGCAUCAAUGCAUGCAAAAAACUGUCUCUAAGGAGAAAGCAGGAUGAUGAAGAGGAGGAAGACAAGAAGAGAAAGCACGUGUCUAAACUUGAUGCUCGAUUCUUCAGCGUGACCACAGUUUAUUAUGCUAUUUUCCUGGCUAUGUCAGUCGGAGGCACAUUCUCCAACGGUUACUUCUUUGCCUUCCACCUGCUGAACAUUGUCAACAACAACCAGCUACUUGGUGGGGUCAUCAAAGCUGUCACACAGAAUGGUCAAGCCCUGUUAUGGGUUGGAGUGCUGGGCCUUGUUAUCUUCUACCUCUAUGGAAUGAUUGGCUUUGCUUUGAUGAGAAGCAUGUUUGACCCCAGCGAUUACUUGUACUGUAACACACUGUGGCAGUGCACUGUAACAGUCAUCCGAUACGGCCUCAUUGGAGAUUUGUUUGAGGUGAUGAAGCCGCAUGGAAAUGAAAAAACAUUUGAGAAAUUUGGUAUCGUUGUCUUCUACCAUGUUUCAUUCUUCAUCUUCAUCACCACCAUUGGACUCAACAUCGUCCUGGGUAUCAUUGUGGACACAUUCUCCGAACUGAGAGACCUCAAAUGGACGGCCGAGUCAGACAUGAGGGAUACCUGCUUUAUCUGCAGCAGAAACUCCUACGACUUUGAGCACCAUGGCAAGGGCUUUGAUCACCACGUUCGCCAUGAACACAACAUGUGGUCGUAUAUUUUCUUCUUCAUCCACCUCAACGGCACCAAGAUCAACGACUACACAGCCCUAGAGAUGUUUGUCUUCAAGCUGCUUGGAAAGGAGAACUAUGAUUUCUUCCCCUUGGACCGAGCCCUCUCGCUGGCCUCCAUGGGUAAAGAUGCCACUGAGACCAAACUGGACGAUCUCCUGGGACAAGUGACCAGCAUUGUGGAGAAGCAGAAAGUUGAGGAACUGGAGAAAAAGAGACGAGAAGAACGGCUGAAACAGAAACAAUGGGAACAGAAGCAUCGUCUGAGCUCCUUCAGACGGCGGGCCCGUCUGCCGGGCCCUCCAGACCAAGAUGCAAGUGAUGUUGGGAAAUCACAGACUCUGGCCACAGACGACUCCCGGCUGAUGCAGAUCAGCUCUGUCCAGGGUCACAGACGGCAGAGUUCUACUGACUACACCCAACAUCGGCCGUCCAUUGCUGAUUUGGCUGCCAGAGUGAGUGAGUCAAUGAGACAUUCAGGCAUCACUGAUGGGCGCUUGGAGCAGGGGAGUCGACCAACAUUGGCAGAGAUUGGCUCCAGACCAAGUCUCUCUGACCAUGCCAGCCGGCUAGCCUACCUGGACAGUCGGAGGUCAAGCAUGGGCGACCACGGAGGUG